AGGGCCAAGAUGGCUGUACAAAAGGACCACUGGUAUGCCAGGGCACUCCUCAUCCUUCUCUCUAGUCUCACAGUUUCUGUGCAGCAGACAGAUGGUGUAACCAAGGUGAAGCUGGAGGAGGGGAUGGUUCUAGAGUGUGUGUGUCCGUGGGAAGGGAGCCUCACCAUGGUCUCCUGGACCAAACUGAUCCGAUUCGAUAAGGUCCCCAUAGCCGUGUACCACCCUGAGUACGAGCUGUCCAUCUCCCAGUCCUACCAGACCAGAAUCCUAUUCCUGAAGACCACACCCAUGGACGGCACUAUCACCGUCACUAACGUCACCCAGGAGGACACUGGGCUUUACCACUGCUCUGUUCAAACCUUCCCCAGGGGAUCCUGGGCCAGAGAUAUAUUGGUGGAGGAGGAUGAUGCAGAUGAAGAUCCGGAAGAAAUGGACCUCCACACCAGAGAACCAAAACCUAGCCCAGAAAGAAGAAGAGGAGAGAGGAGUACAGGAUCAAAUUGCAUCCAGCUCGGAGACAGAACGUGCCUGUACAUGACAGGAUGAGGAAGGGGACCAAUCAGAGGGGAGAUAUGCCAGUGUAUGCCAACCUGCACACCAUACGUCCACACACCAAGAGGACGAAAUAGGGAGCAGUGCUGUGUUACACAACCCUGGCUGACCUCUGACCUCAGUGCUGUGUUACACACCCCUGUCUGACCUCUGACCUCAGUGCUGUGUUACAGACCCCUGUCUGACCUCUGACCUCAGUGCUGUGUUACAGACCCCUGUCUGACCUAAAGAUGUAUCAUUGAUGCAGAACUCAGUAACUCCCUAAGCAAACUGUCAUUAAA